UCAUGGCUGUUUCAGGAAAUGGUACAGUUGCUGUGCGGCUGGGUGUCGCUGAAUAGCGUUUCUAUGAGCCUGCCCUUCGAUUUGCCUGCUGCUCAGAAUGGCAAAGAACCCUAAUUUUCAGGAAGUUGGUCAUCUGCCUGCGGGCUGCGUCCACUGUAGAUCUUCAGACAGCCUCACGGGCUACCAGUAUCAGCAUCCCUCCAAGAUGAGUAACAGCCAUCCGCUCCGUCCGUACACGGCUGUGGGGGAGAUUGACCACGUUCACAUUCUGUCAGAGCACAUUGGUGCUCUAAUGAACGGGGAAGAAUACAGUGACGUUACCUUUAUUGUGGAAAAGAAACGCUUCCCGGCACACCGAGUGAUCCUGGCUGCGAGGUGCCAUUAUUUCAGAGCAUUAUUAUAUGGUGGAAUGAGAGAAUCUCAGCCUGAAGCAGAAAUUCCUCUUCAGGACACCACUGCAGAAGCAUUUACCAUGCUGUUGAAAUACAUCUACACUGGUCGUGCUACACUACGAGAUGAGAAAGAGGAGGUUCUCCUGGACUUCCUGAGCCUAGCCCAUAAAUAUGGAUUCCCAGAACUGGAGGAUUCCACGUCUGAGUAUCUUUGCACGAUACUGAAUAUUCAGAAUGUCUGUAUGACAUUUGAUGUUGCCAGUCUCUAUUCCCUUCCCAAACUGACUUGUAUGUGCUGUAUGUUCAUGGAUAGAAACGCCCAGGAGGUGCUCUCCAGCGAAGGCUUUCUGUCGCUUUCUAAGGCUGCUCUUCUAAGCAUUGUACUGAGGGACUCAUUUGCAGCUCCCGAGAAGGACAUUUUCCAGGCUUUGAUGAAUUGGUGUAAACAUAACCCCAAGGAAAACCAUGCUGAAAUCAUGCAAGCAGUACGUUUGCCACUAAUGAGUCUAACAGAACUGCUGAAUGUUGUAAGACCUUCCGGAUUGUUGUCACCGGAUGCCAUCCUAGAUGCCAUUAAGAUUCGUUCUGAGAGCCGGGACAUGGACCUCAACUACAGGGGCAUGUUAAUACCGGGGGAAAAUAUUGCAACCAUGAAGUAUGGAGCGCAGGUGGUAAAAGGGGAGCUGAAGUCCGCUCUGUUGGAUGGGGAUACUCAGAACUACGACUUGGAUCACGGCUUCUCUCGACACCCCAUCGAUGACGACUGCCGGUCUGGCAUCGAAAUCAAACUGGGCCAGCCGUCGAUCAUCAACCACAUCCGGAUACUGCUGUGGGACAGGGACAGUCGGUCUUAUUCCUACUACAUUGAGGUGUCCAUGGAUGAGUUAGACUGGAUUCGGGUUAUCGAUCACUCUAAGUACCUCUGUCGGUCCUGGCAGAACCUCUAUUUUCCUGCCCGUGUCUGCAGGUGA